GCUUCUUGCGACGGAUGAUGCAGAUCAGCAAAGACCAUUAUGAUUGAAUCAAGACAUCGACUGCUCAUUUGCAUAUUGUCAGGGUUGGUCCUGUCAGAAGCUAGUCCUUUACUUUCACCAGAAAAGGACUACGUAGUCCUGCAUACCGGUGACGGAAACAUAAAACUUUCCAAAGAUGACGGCGAUUACAGACUACCGAACACAUCGAAGCCUCUUCAUUACGUCAUCAAGUUGGAUCCUCAUCUUGCGGAGGACAACUUCACUUUUACCGGGGAGACAACAAUCACCUUGGAGGUUGUGCAAGCCACGAAUACCAUCACGAUCCACUCUAAAGAACAGACAAUAUCUGAAAGCAGGACCCUUCUGUCAAAUUACGCCAACACUACCAACUACACCGUUACACACGCGUACGAUACUGAAAGAGACUUUUUGACGUUAACUACGUCAGUCACACUGGCAGCUGGAAACUAUUCGCUCUCUUUGUAUUAUACGGGAGACUUGAGAGAUGAUAUGACUGGCUUCUACAGAAGUUCGUACACAAAUAGUACAGGAGACACAAUAUGGAUAGCGACCAGUAAAUUCGAACCGGGUUUUGCUCGCUAUGCUUUUCCCUGUUACGAUGAACCGGCUCUGAAGGCAACUGUGGACAUUUGGCUGAAACGGGAAUCCUCGCAGCAUUGCUUGGCAAACACGCCGAUAUUAACCGAAUAUGCGGACACCAAUGAUGGAAAGACGUGGACCGUUUUUGAAACUACGCCACUGAUAUCUACCUAUCUAGUAGCUUUCAUAGCUUCCGAUUUUGCGGGUAUAACGACAGAUGAUGACACGUUCGGGGUGUGGGCGAGAUCUUCGGCAAUUGCUACUGCACAGUAUGCCUUUGACUUCGGCAUUAAAUCACUAGAAUCUUUAGAGAAUUACACAGGUGUUCCCUACUACAAUUAUGCGUUGGACAAAAUGGACCAAAUUGCCAUACCAGACUUCUCUUCGGGAGCCAUGGAGAACUGGGGUCUUGUCACCUACAGGGAGAGAUACUUACUGUAUGAAGACGGAGUCUCCACAACUUCCGACAAAGAGAACAUAGCCACGGUUAUCAGUCACGAGUUCACUCACCAGUGGUUUGGAAAUUUAGUCAGCCCUUACUGGUGGACAUACCUCUGGUUAAAUGAAGGCUUCGCAACAUACUUUGAAUAUUUCACAACUGCCGAAAUUGAAACAGAUUGGCGGCUCAAAGAGCAGUUCGUUGUCGCAGAAAUUCAUGCCGAUGCCUUCGCUGCCGAUGGUUUGGGAACUUCUCAUGCAAUGAACGCUGAUGUUGAGACUAUCACAGAAAUUCGAGCCAUCUUUGACUCGAUUUCUUAUGCAAAAGCUGGUAGUGUUAUACGGAUGAUGGAGCACAUGAUCACGAACUCUGUUUUCAAAGCUGGCCUAACAAAUUAUCUUAAUACCAAUGCAUUCAGCUACGGGACUUCCGAUCGACUAUGGGAAGCCAUACAGGAAGUUGUUGAUGCGAACGGUCAGUCGUUAAACGUUAAAGAGGUGAUGGACACGUGGGUAACCCAAGCAGGAUUCCCUGUCGUAACCGUAACUCGCGAUUACGAUGCAAAUACUGCAGUCUUAAGCCAAGAGAGAUUUUUCUUGAGAGACAAAACCUCAUAUGAUUCUGCGGUCUAUUGGUGGGUACCGAUCAACUGGGCAACUGCAUCUGACCCUGAUUACUCCGUCACCACACCCUCCACUUGGAUCCCUGGCAAUGAAAGCAUCACCAUCCAGUCAGCGUCUGCUAGUGAUUGGAUUCUCCUGAACAAACAACAAACAGGAUUCUAUCGCGUCAACUAUGAUCAAACAAACUGGGAUCUACUCACCUCAUUCCUCAGCAGCUCGAACUAUACGCAAAUAUCACCGAUCAAUCGAGCCCAAUUAAUCGAUGAUGCUCUUAAUCUGGCAAGAGGCGGUUACUUGGACUACACAACAGCCUUGAGCGUGACCAAGUUCUUAGCCCAAGAAACGGACUACAUUCCUUGGUACUCCGCCCUCACAGGAUUCACUUACAUCAACAGGCUCUUGGCACAAACUGAUUCCUACGAUAAUUUCAAAACAUACCUCACAAGUCUCUUGGCAAAUGCCCUGGAGACGUUUGGGUACGAAGAAUUGGAUGCUGACGAGCACGUACACAAGUACCUCCGUAACAACGUCCUGACCUGGUCCUGUAGACUGGAAUUAGAAGCCUGCGUGGAGUUUGCAAAGGAAAAACUUUUGAGCUGGCUGGUCGACAACAAUGAGUCAGCGAUCACGCCUAACCUGAAAAGCGUUGUUUACUGCACAGGAAUUCGUAAUGCAAACUCAACGAUUUGGAAUUUGAUGUGGAACAAGUACCUAGCGACUGACCUUUCUUCUGAACAAAUUCGCAUACUGCGAGGACUCGGCUGUUCGGAAGAUACGGAUAUACUUAACAACUACAUGGCCCUUGCGACCUCAUCUGAGUCUGGUAUCCGAUCGCAGGAUUCGUCAACAGCCUUCCAAUCGGUGUAUACCUAUGGUUCUGCUAACAACAUCGACCCAGCAUUGGACUACAUCAUCAAUAACUUAGAAGCUAUUAUCGAGUACUACGGUGGCACCUCAACGGUGACUACCUUACUCUCCGGGAUUGGCCUCCGAAUAACUACAAGUGCACAGCUUGAAAAGCUGGAAAAUUUUGCCACUGCCCAAUCUAGUCUUUUGGGAUCUGCAGCGAGUACCGGGAUUUCGAACGCCCAGAACAAUUUAGCCUGGAUCGAAUCGUACGAAGCAACGAUCAGCAGCUGGCUAGAAGAAACUGUUGCUGAUUCAAGUUCGUCCAACGUUGCAAUUGGUAGCGCGCUAUUGACACUUGGGCUCGUUUGUUUAUUGAAUUUUAGUCAGUAAUG